AUGGACGCCUCAUCUGCUCAGGUGAAGGUCGUCUUCACCACCGACGAGCCAGACCUCGUCCUCCCAGAGUCCAAGAGACAACUGCUCGUGCCAGCAGACAUCAAGCGCUAUGGCCUCUCUCGCAUCUUAAACUCCGAGUCGAUGCUGGAUACUUCAUCGCCCGUCCCCCUCGACUUCCUCGCAAACGGCACCUUUUUGAAAACGAGCAUUGAAGAAUACCUCAAGUCAAAUGGCUUGUCCCAGGAGACAACGUUGACCCUGCAUUACGUCCGCAGUCUUCUGCCCCCAGUCUACGAAGCCAGCUUUGAGCACGACGACUGGGUCAGCGGCGUCGACGUCCUGUCGUCGACUUCCCCCGCCGGCCUGCUAGCUGGCGAUGCCACUGUCAACGAUCGCGUUGCCAGUUCCUCUUAUGACGGGCUUGUGCGGAUCUGGAACCCUUCUGGAACGGCAAUCGCCGUUUCCGCAGGUGGUAAAGGCGAGGGACACACUCAGCGCAUCAACGCCGUGCGAUGGCUGUCACCGACUCAGCUGGCGUCGGCCGGCCUCGAUCGAAAAGUCGUGGUGUGGGACUACAAGGAGGCGGACGAUGGCUUCUCCGGCACCCUCAAGCCCAACAUGGAACUCUGGGGCCACGAGAAGAACAUCCACAGCAUCGACGUCAACGGCGCCACCCGACGUAUCCUGACUGCCUCGUCCGACGGCCGCGUCGGCUUGUGGUCCGCCUCCAAACGAACGGCGCCCCAGGCCGACCCCGAGUCCCUCCCCUCGGCGCACAGCACCAAGCGCGCCAAGCUGUCCAACGCCGGCUCUACCGCCCAGCGCGGACCCCUGGCCAUGAUCCCCCUGCACGACGAGGCCGUCACCGCCGCCAUCUUCCACCCCAAGGACUCGACCGUCGCGUACUCGGCGUCCCUGGACCACACAGUCAAGACCAUCGACCUCACGACGCAGCGGGAAGUCUCCCGCCUGACCACCAUGCACCCCAUCCUGUGCGCGACGGCGCUGCCCGGCACGUCGCUCGUGGCGGCCGGCUCUUCGGCGAGACACAUCACCCUCCUCGACCCCAGAGAGUCCGCCGCCGCCACGGCCGCCAUGACCCUUCGCGGCCACGUCAACAUGGUCGUCUCCGUGGCCCCCAGCCCGGAAAACGACUACUCGCUCGUCUCCGGCUCGCACGACAGCACGUGCCGCGUGUGGGAUCUGCGCAGCGUCCGACCUGCGUCGUCCGAGGAGGGCGGCGGCAGCGUCAGCGAGCCCGUCUACACCAUUGGCAGGGAGUGGCUCAAGGGCAAGAAGCUGCCGCCUGCGGGAGACGGCGCCAAGGUGCUGAGCGUGGUGUGGGACAAGACUUGGGGAAUCGUCAGCGGAGGAGAGGACAAGAAGGUUCAGAUCAACCGGGGCAAGGGGCUGCUGGCAUCAUAG